AUGUCUACGUUUUUUGAUAACAUGAAGAAGUCCUUCAAGGACGUGCCCGUGACUGAAGGGAAGAUUUCUACCUCCGAGUUUCUCGAGGCCUCUGAGUCCCUGGUGAAGUUGUUUGAUUUGCUGGGAUCGUCAGCUUUUUCUGUUGUUCAGAGUGAUAUGACUGGUAACAUCGAGAAGAUCCGUGCGAAAUUGCUGUCUGCUCCAGAUAAAGCGUCCACUUUGCAGGACUUGGUCCUGAGCGAGGCCGGUGAGAAGAAGAAGACAGCCACACAAGGUCUGUUGUGGCUCAGUCGUGGUCUUCAAUUCACUGCUGUGGCCAUGAGGGAAACCGUUGAUCGUCCAGAUGCUGAGCUCACCAAGACCUUCACCGACGCUUACGGAAAGACGUUGACCAAGUACCACUCGAUGAUGAUUAGACCCAUCUUCAAGCUGGCAAUGAAGGCAUGUCCUUACAGAAAGGACUUUUUCGAGAAGCUCGGAGCUGACCAGGAGAAGGUUUCCGAGCAACUGAAGGAAUGGCUUGAGGCCCUGGAGAGCAUUGUUCAGAUCAUUUUUGAGUUUUUUGAGAGUGGUAACUACGGUAAGGGUUUGUGA